AUGUUCUUGACGACACCGAAGUUGCAGACGAAUCCGUUUAGCAUUAUCACGGUCUCAGAAUUCGAUGUGAGUCCUUCUACACUACCGGGCGAGCUUAUUUCACAUGACGCGAAAGGCAAAACUCUUGAGGGAUUCACGGAGCAAGAAUGGGAGAAAGGUGCGUCUGCAAAGCCAGCCGCACUGCUCAAUGUGGAGAAGACGCCAAAUACUGUAAACGUCUUUAUGGGACCAAAGGAGAUAAAUGAGACUAUUCUAGUAGGAAAAUCCAUCUCUAAGGAAGUUCAUUCCAAAGGUUUGUGUAUUUUAUAA